AUGCAAGACGAUACACCAGAGAAUGACGUUGCUGUUCCUGCUCGACGAUGGAGACCGGGUAAUGCUGAAUGUCCAAUAUAUUUACAAAAUGUAAUUGAUAAAUUGUUAUUCGAAUUGUGCGGAAGUGUCAACAAUGGUUGGAAUUCUAUUAUUAACGAUAUUGUAUCGGAUAAUACGGAUCUAGAUUAUGCGUUACUAAUGGGUUUACAAAACAUUAUUUCAUCUAUUGAAUAUCCGGCAUACCUUAAUGGUAGUGAACUUGAUGGUAAAUGGAAAUUUGUUAAAGAAGAUUUGUAUCGUAUUCUAAGUAUAUUAAGUAACAAUGGAACAUCAGCUCUGAAAUUUGGUGAUAUUAAAAACUAUAUACCAUGCUUUCUGUGA